AUGUUGUAUCUUCCCUCAGCCCGUCGAUUCAUUCUCCCUUCUGUGGUCUGUCUGAUCAUCUUGACGCUUGUGCAUCUCAUCAUCCAGCAGUUAGCACCAUCACGACAGAGUCUGGUUCGAGCAGCACAAAGGACUCAGAGAUUUGGAACCUACAUUCCCUCUCAACAGGAUCAUGUCUUGUUCGACCAGAACAACCCUACCUACCUCUCCUCUCAUCCUCCAUUCCAACGAACAGAAGAACAAGCUACAUCGACGACCUUCCCUCCUAUCCACCCCCGACUCGCUAAUCUCCUCCAAUGCCCAGCUGGAACACUCAAUCCCACGACCUUCCACCUCCGUCUCCCAAAUCCAAUCCUCAACAUUAGCAUGAUCCCACCAUCAACUCCAUCCCACGAUCCCACCCUCCGCUUCUUCAAUCCCGCCAUCAUACCUCUGCCUCACUGGUCCGGAAAAACAACUUACGUUCUAGUCACCCGACUAGUCACCGCCGGGCACCACCAAGAAUCCCACAUCUGUCUCGCCGACAUCUGCUCCCCUCCAUCGCGAAAAGGCCAAUCCCAGCGAUUACCAGCCGACGUUCGAAUCUGCACCGACGACGAUCUCACCAUCCUCGGUUCCCAGGGCGGUAUGCGCUGUACUACACCGCCACAUAAGAUCAACAUCCCAUCCACACCAGCCCAUUCCUGCUCAGGAGCAUGGCUUGCCUUUCCAGAUAUUCCUGGUUUCCACGAUCCACGCGUUUUCUGGUCCGGGAAAGGCGAGCCGUUAAUACUGAUCAACAGCGCAAGUCAAUAUGGCUGUGUGGGUUUGUGGAUCGUUGAUCUAAGACCGCUUUUUCCCGAGUUGGGGGAUUUGUUGAAGAGGGAGGGACGGAGUGUGUUGGACUCGUCUCGCGCGAUUAGUUAUGGGUCUUUGACCGAGAUUACGAGGAAUCCAAGCGGGAGCAGAAGUCCAGUCGAGAAGAAUUGGAUGCUUUGGUUUCCGAAUCGAGAGGAUGCGUAUGUUCAGUUUGAUUUGCUCGGUGGUGGAAAUUCUCUAUCGAGAGAUACAUUAUCCGGAGGAUCGAGCAACAAGAAUACAACAGGGAUAGUACAUGACGAGCGUCGAAACGGUCCAAAGAGCCCACAACGACGAACAAAAGGAGGCCGUACCUUUGCCAAACUCAUCGGAAAUGGCUACACAACACCAAACCUCACCUCGCCACAUGAACAAUCCUGUUUCGACACAGACUUUGAACACUACCCUCUUCAAACAGACAAACCAUCCAUCCAUCCCAUCUCUCCCAUCUCAUCAUCAAAAGCCAAUCACACACACGACUCACUCGGACAGAAAGGUCAUUGGCAUCAAGGUUCCAAUUCACUACGAUUGAUUCUAUGUACCAGAGUGGAAGCUCGACGAGGGGAAUGUGACGAGGAUGACAACAACAAUCGCGAUCAUAACACUCAUAACUCCACCACCUCCAAAUCCAUCACCCCCAGCCUCUCGGUGCAUUUCGCCAUCAUCAACCGCAAAUUCUCCAACUUGAUGGAUCUUCCCCUUCGAUAUGAACGGUAUAUCAUGGUCUGGGAAGGAAAAGCACCGUUUCGAAUCCUGGGUGUCAGUCGCUGGCCUAUAGUUUGGCGUGACGAAUGGGUUCGACCAUGGAGUUUUGAUGAGAAUUUUCGGGGUGAUGGACAUGGAAGGCAGGGAUUUGAGAGGAAAAAUGGGUCGAUGAGGCGGAGAGGAGAUGAAGAAGAUGGGAAUUGGGAGAAGCAGGACACUCUUCGUGACUCAGACUCGGAAUAUGCAUAUGCAUAUCAUCAAUAUGCAUCUUUCACAUAUACACCAUCCUUGGCGUGGUCAUGGAUGCCACAUUCAUCCGGCACAGCGUUUGAAAAGGGACGUCGACAUGAAGAUCAAGACCAAGAUCAAGACCAAGACCAAGACCAAGACCAAGACCAAGACCAAGACCAAAAUCAUGAUCAGGAAUCAUCCAACACCCACCAUACCAACCAAUUCCAACCUGAAGACGACGCUUUAUACCUAUCUCGUCUAGGCACUGGAUAUCUAGGUGACGAUGUAUUGGUUGGCGUUGGUCUCGACGACGUGAAGCAGGGGUUUGUGCGUGUUAAAGUGGAUGACUUGAUUUCAUGUUUGAGACUGUGUCCUGGUAUAAAGAAAAAGGGGGAGGAGGUGAUUGAUGAGUGA